AAAUUGUCACUAGUUAUGCAUUGUAGUACAGUGCUGCAAUGAUUUGAAAGACACAAAGACAAAAUCAGAGGCAGAGCAAUUUCAACAGCAGUUUCAACCAUCUGAUCUCUUCUGUAACAUCAUGGAAGGAUUAACAGUACGAUUCUCACAACUAAAGGAUAAGGCAGGUGAAGUGGUCCUACAACCUGGAAGAGAUGACAAACCACAGAGCAGCAUGUCAGACAUGAGGAUUGCUGUACUGGGAAAAACUGGAGCUGGGAAAAGCAGUCUGUGCAACACCAUGUCUGGAAGAGAUGUGUUCAAGAUAAACCAUACUGCAAACUCUGAAACAACACAAUGUCAGAGGAUAAGCAGAUCUGUUAAUGGACGAAGCAUCACUUUGAUCGACACGCCUGGUUUUUUUGACACAGGAAGGCCUAGGGAGGAGAUGAGGUCUGAGAUAGUGAGGUGUAUCACAGAGUGUGCUCCUGGGCCUCAUGCUUUUCUAAUUGUGCUCAAACUGGAAAAAUUCACGGAGCAUGAGAACCAAGUUAUUGCCAGAAUAAAGCAGGAUUUUUCUGAGGAAGCUUUGAAAUACGCUGCAGUUGUCUUCACUCAUGGUGACCAGCUCCCUGAAGGAAUGAAGAUUGAGGAAUUUUUCCGAGAGAAUAAAGGUCUCUGUGAUCUCUUGGAGAAGUGUGGGAACCGGUAUCAUGUCAUUGACAAUAAAUACUGGAAGAACCAGCAGGAUGAAUACAGGAGCAACAAGUUCCAGGUGGCAGAGUUGCUCAACACCAUAGAUAAGAUAACUGAGCAAAACAAAGGAGGCUGCUACACUAAUGAGAUGCUGCAAGCAGUGGAGAGAAAAAUACAACAAGAGGAGAAGAACAUCAGACUAUCAUCAGCGAACAUGUCGGGGGAAGAGAUCAGACAGAAGGCGAAGAGAAAUGUCUCAGAUCGUCUUAAGAAAGCAGCUGGUAUUACCACAGGAGCACUGUUGGGAGCUUUGCUUGGUGUGCCAGUGAUGAUUUCAUGUGUUGUCGCAGCCAUGACAGGAGUGGCAGCAGCAGCAGCAGUGGAGACAGCAGUGACAGCAGGAGGAGCUAUAACAGCUGGAAUUGGGUUAGGUAUAGGUGCAGUAUUUACUGCAGUAGGAGGAGCAGUAGUAGGAGGCUGUAUAGGAGGUGAUGAAGCUGAUCAAGCAGGCUCAGCAAGAGAGGCAGCAGAGAACACAGUUAAGGCUGUCUGGGACACUGCUAAAAGCUUGGUUAAUAACAAAAAGCAACAGCUAAGUGUGGAGGAACAGCUUUGUCUGAAAAACAAAUAGACAGCAUUUGGGAUUUGUGCUAUUGGUACAUCAAAGAAACACACAUCUCUCAUCAUUUAAGGCAAAAUCAGUUUAAAUCACACUGCAAAAAAGAUUACAGCAGAGGCUGCCAACUUUACAGGAAAUAUACAGGUUUUUCCGGGGGGGGGGGGGUGCAGACAUUAGUUGCUGCGUGUCCUACUGCAGUGUUCCUGCACAAAAGCAGCUCUAGCACACAUUUGAUUUCCAUUAGCAUUCCAUCAAGGGUCACUGAUUUUUCUGUAUAUGUGGUACUGAUAACCACAGAAAAGAUUCCCUUAGCUUUCCUGUUUCCAGAAUGUUCCUUUUUAAAUAUAAAGCAUUAUUCCUAGAGAUUUUUAUGUAAAAAGAUUUUUGAAUGUAACUAUUCUUCAGCUUUUUGCUAAUAAUACAAGGUUUAUGUUCUAGUAAAGCAUUAGGCUCUUAUUCUUAUCUAACAAUCUGUCAUUUAUUUUUUCUAACAAAACAAUGGUAAUCUUUUUAUUGUAAAAUUAUAAUAAGAAUAAUAUCUUUAUUGUCAUUGUCACAUGUACAAUGAAAUUAAAAGUGCCAUCCAGUCAAUGCAUCAUUCCUAAAGUAGAAUCUAAAUAAAUCAAAGAGAAACAGUAAAUAAAAUAAAUAAAAACAAAAACAAACACAAAUACAAACACACAAACACAUUAUCCAUAUUAUCCAUUCUGUUCUUAUUGCAUAAUUCUUAUUGCACCUCAGGUUAUGGUUUUUUUUUUGUAUUGAGUGUGAAUUCUUCAACA